UUAAUGGGAUGUCAACUAGCUUCUGUGUUUUCUGAAUAGCGACAAAACUGCUUCCGGGUGUGAGGGCGGUUGCGUUUUCAAUAUUGUGGUUUCGCUAGCGAGCUAACAGUUUCAUAUUGUCAUAAUCGUAUUUCGAGUAUGACUUUUUUAAAAGAAUAGACUGCAGUUUAUACACAUUGUAUGUUGUAAAGUUGUACUGUAUAGGCCACGAUCUGUUGAUCUUGCUUACUCAUUUCGCUGCGGUAACUUAUUCAAAGUCAGCCUUCAUGUUGACAAAGUAGAAAUAAAGGGGAAGCUAGCUUAUUGCUAGCAAGGUAGCCGAUAGAGCUAGUUAAAUAUUUUGGGUCACUUUAACCAUGAGGCCUCUUCAGACUCUCUUUUGGGUCUUAGGUUUCAUUUGUUUUGUAGAUGGUGGUAGGAAACCUGUUGAAGAAUUGGAAGGACUGAAAAAUGACGAUGAGUAUGACACCCUCAACUCCAUGCUGUCAGAUUUUGAGGUGCUGUCGAUCUCCAACCUCCAUCAGCACUCGGUCAGGAAGAGGGAGGUCCAGGCGGAGUCUCACGUGGAGCGCCUGCUCAGUUUCACUGCCCUCAGGAGGCAUUUCAAGCUCUACCUGACAACCAACACAGAGCUGUUCACCCAGGACUUUUCGGCUGUGUUUGUGGAUGGGAAUGGCAGCGAGGACAGCUAUGAGGUCCAGAGGCAGAACUUCUUCACCGGCCAUGUUGUGGGGGAGGAGCACUCACGAGUGAAGGCACACAUUGAUGCCAACGACUUCUCUGCCCACAUUCUGACUGAAGAGGCAGAGUACAACAUCGAGCCCCUGUGGAGGUUCACAGACUCGCCCCCCGACGGUCGCCUGCUCGCCUACCGCUCGGAGGACAUCCGGAACAUCAGCCGACUGGCCUCGUCCAAGGUGUGCAACUACAUCGACGCGGAGGCCGAGGACUUGCUGCCUGAGGGGGUGUGGAUGCUAAGAGGAGAGGGGGAGCAGGAGAGCCUCCACAGAAAUAGGCGCCAGGCCCACGACCACAAGAGGAACACGUGCCCCCUGCUGCUGGUCGCCGACUACCGCUUCUUUGAGCACAUGGGCCGCAGCGAGGAGAGCAUCACCCUCAACUACCUGAUUGAGCUGAUCGAUCGCGUGGAUGACAUCUACAGGAACACCUCCUGGGACGAUGAUUUUAAGGGUUACGGCGUGCAGAUCCAGCAGAUCAUCAUUAAGAAGGAGCCCACCCACGUCGGUCCAAAUGGCAUCCAUUUCAACAUGAAGAACAGUCCGAUCCCGAACAAGGAAGUCUGGGAUGUGAAGAAGCUGUUGGAGCAAUUCAGCUCCGACAUGGCGGGCAACGCGUCCAAGGUGUGCCUGGCCCACCUCUUCACGUACCAGGACUUCGACGAGGGCACGCUCGGCCUGGCCUACGUGGCCCCCUCCAGACCGGGAGCCCUCGGGGGCCUCUGCGCAAAACCCUACUAUCCUUCAGCAUCCUCGAGGAAGCCCAGUUACCUGAACACUGGCUUAACCAGCACUAAGAAUUAUGGGAAGACCAUUUUAACCAAGGAGGCGGACCUGGUGACCACUCAUGAGCUGGGCCACAACUUUGGAGCCGAGCACGACCCGGACAACGUUCGCGACUGCGCCCCCAGCGACGACCAAGGCGGGAAGUUCGUCAUGUACCCCAUCGCCGUAAGCGGAGACCACCAAAACAACAAGCAUUUCUCGGACUGCAGCAAGAGGUCCGUGGCCAAGACGCUGCGGAGCAAGGCGCCCAUGUGCUUCAAGGAGAGGAACAGCAAGGUGUGCGGGAACUCCCGGGUGGAGGAGGGAGAGGACUGCGACCCCGGGCUGCUCCACAUCAACGACGACCCCUGCUGCACCUCCGACUGCAAGUUCAAGCGCCGCUCGAAGUGCAGCGACAGGAACAGUGCCUGCUGCAAGGACUGCGGGUUUGAGGCGAAAGGCAAGAAGUGUCAGGAGUCCAUCAACGCCACCUGCAUGGGGAUGUCUUACUGCACAGGUGACAGCAGCGAUUGCCCGGCUCCGUUCAGCGCUCCCAAUGACACGGUGUGCGUGGACCUGGGCCGGUGCCAGAACGGACAGUGCGUCCCCUUCUGCGAGACCGUCGGCCUCAAGUCCUGCGCCUGCAACGAGACGGACGACUCGUGCAAGGUGUGCUGCCGGAACAAGGACGGGACCUGCAGCCCGUACAAGGACAACGGGGCGCCCCUCUUCCUGCGCAAGGGCAAGCCCUGCACCGUGGGCUUCUGCGACGAGGGGGGGAAAUGCAUGAAACAAGUGCAGGAUGUCGUGGAGAGACUGUGGGAUUUCAUUGACAAGCUGGAUAUCAACACAUUUGGGAAGUUCUUGGCUGACAACAUCGUGGGCUCUGUGGUGGUCUUCUCCUUGUUAUUCUGGAUUCCCCUCAGCAUCCUGGUCCAUUGUGUGGACAAAAGGCUGGACCAGCAGUAUGAAGAGACCACCAAAUCUCUGUUUUACCCCAGUAACGUGGAGAUGCUGAGCAGCCUGGAGUCUGCGUCCAUGCGCAUCGUCAAGGCCCCGCCUCCCUCCUCCAUGGCGAUGGCCCCCCGCCCGCAGCCGCAGCACCCCCAGGCAGAGCCGAGCGCAGCCGCCGCCGCCGCCGCCCCCUCCUCGGCCUCCGCCGGCCCCCUGGCCACCAUCCAGGAGGACCCCAGCUCCGACCACCUGGAUGAGGAGGUGCUGGAGGAGGACUUCUCCCCCGGGGGCCACGCCGCCAAGUCCUUCGAGGACCUGACGGAACAGCCGGCUCACCACCAGCGCAGCGACAAGGCCCUGGCCUUCAGGCUGCAGAGACAGGCGCGCAUCAACAGCAAGGAGACCGAGUGCUGAGCCCGCAUACACACACACACACACACUCUCUCUCUCACACACACACACACACACAC